AUGGCGAUAUGCAGACAUUAUGGUUUCCCGGAUUUGUUCAUCACAUUUACAUGCAAUCCUAAAUGGCCAGAACUAACCCGAGAGCUUGAUGGUACAAAUCUGAAACCUACGGAUAGAGCUGAACUCAUCUGCAGGCUGUAUCAUAUAAAACUAGCGUCACUCAUGGAAGACUUGACGGAUAAUGGACUCCUAGGCCAAACAGUUGCGUCAAUGUAUACAAUAGAAUUUCAAAAACGAGGACUGCCACAUGCUCACAUUCUUCUGUUUAUGCAUCAGAAGUGCAAGUUUCCAACUACGGAUGAUAUCGAUAAGAUUAUAUCAGCAGAGAUACCAGAUAAGGUGGAGGAGCCAGAACUAUAUGAAGUUGUGAAGGAUAUGAUGAUUCACGGUCCUUGCGGUAAUGUGAACAUAAACUCACCAUGUAUGGAAAAUGGAAAAUGUUCAAAGCUAUUCCCGAAAGCUCAUGCAGAGAGAACCAAGAUAAGCAAAGAUGGCUUCCCAAUAUACAGGAGACGGGACCAGCCAGCUGCUAUUAAGUACUUAUUUAAGUAUAUCAACAAAGGAUCAGAUCGUGUUGCUGUCGUUGUUGAGUCAGCUGAGCAGGCCACACUUGGUGAAGAAGCACGGCAGAAAAAGAAAAAUGGGAGACCUACUAAUGGAGCUAAGCAGACUGAAGAUAGUUCUGAGUCCACUGAGAAGGUUGAGCAGGUUAACGAGAUUAAAGACUAUUUUGAUUGCCGGUUUGUAGGUGCUACAGAAGCUGUAUGGAGAACACUGGGGUUUAAAAUACAUCAUAGAUCUGUGUCUGUGGUUAAACUCACUUUUCAUUUAGAAGGGAAACAGUUGGUUAUCUUCAAAGGGAAGGACAAGCUGGAAAGGGUUGUUACACGAAAACUGAUCGAGAAGACUAUGAUGUUGGCUUGGUUUCAGCUGAAUUUGGAAAAUGAGUUUGCUAGAACGCUAACCUAUGUUCAGAUUCCAAAUUUCUUUGUAUAUAUUGCUAGCCAGAAACGUUGGAAAGAAAGGGAGACAGGUUUUGCAAUUGGCAGAAUCAACUAUGCCCCAAGGAAGAUUGAAGAUGCUUAUUAUUGUCGAGUGUUGCUAAAUGUUGUCCGUGGUCCCACAUGUUUUGACGACAUCAAGACAUACAAUGGAGUGCUAUAUCCGAGCAACAAGGAUGCGUGCUAUGCCAGGGGUUUGUUAGAGGAUGACCAAGAGUACAUUGAUGACAUUCUCAGGAGAAGCUUCACGACUUCUGCAGCUCAACUUCGGCAGUUAUUCGUCACCAUGCUUAAUUCCGACAGUUUAACUUCUCCAGAGCUGGUUUGGAAAAAUACUUGGGAGGCUCGACAGUUUAAUUUCCAGGGUAACCUCCAAGAAGGGAUUGAAGAUCUUGAUCGUCGACAGCGAAGGGAAGCCGCAGAGGAGAACAACCAAUGUUGUUUUCAAAGAGAUAUGGCAAAUAUUUCUAGGGUUGUGGAGCUAUCUCCUCAGAGAGACGAUUGGAUAAUAAGAGUGAAGGUCUUGAAGAAGUGGACCGAGAUGAUAGAUGGUGGUGGAGAAAUAUUGCGUUUUCAGUUAGUUGAUGAACAUGAUGGAAAAAUACCUGCUAAAGUUAGUUCCGAGGAUGGCCUAUAUGACCAUUUCGACUUGAAUGUGCACGAGGGCCACUGGAAACUAAUCUCCGGAUUCGUCGUCCAGCUAACACCACCUGAGGAGCUUUUCUCCGAAAAUCAACAUACAAUCGUCUUCACCGAGAAUACGGACCUGCAUGCAGCAAUUGGUAUUCAUCAAGAGCACUAUAUGAAUUUCAAGGACUACACAGGCAUAAAGAAUUGCGUGUACAACUCUCAUCAUCCUCUUGGAACCGGAGAGCUCAAGAUUAAGGACGCUGGAGGAAUAUCUAGAUUUCAGUUCAAUGCUAACUAUCAGGAUGUUUAUGACUUCAGCGCUGAAUACUUCAAUGACAGUGAUGGUUCCGUUGAGGAGGUGGUUGUACUAUCUCCAUGA